GUAAGCUCGAAGCUUUAAACCAACUGCGAACAUGGCAGAUGAACAAAUAGCAUCAUUAAUAAUUAUCGGUGAUGAGAUACUACGUGGACGAGUUCAAGAUGCCAAUACUAUAUAUUUAGCAAAAAAUCUGGAAGCUAAGGGCAUCAAAAUUCAAAAAGUUGUUAUUAUUCCAGAUGAGAUUGAUAUUAUCUCAAAAGAAGUCGCGGAAGCGUCUAAAAAAUACACGAUAGUCUUCACUUCCGGCGGGGUAGGGCCUACGCACGAUGAUUUAACUUACCAGGGAGUUGCUAAGGGUCUUGGAUUGGCCCUCAAGGAAAACAAGAUUCUUCUCAAUAAACUGUCGCUACUAUUUCCAAAUAAGCCCGAAUCCCGGCGUCUUGCUCUCGUCCCAAAUCCCUGUGAACUCAUUGACAUUGCAUCGAAUGAUUCGGAUGCCGGCUACGUCCUGGUGAAGGCCCGCAACGUAUUUGUGCUGCCGGGCUCGCCGCGUUACUUCCGAAGGGCCGCGGAGGCGGCGCUCGCCACCCUGGAGUCAGGCGGGCAACUCUACACCGAGAGCCUCGAGAUCGAGCUCGACGAGUUUGCGCUCGCCGAGCCCCUCGAAACCGAGGCCCGGCGCUGGCGGGACACCGUCACCAUCGGCAGUUAUCCACAGCGGCAUGGACCGAGGCCGAGGACGCGACUGGAUUUUGUCGCGCGGUGCCCCGAGGCCCUCGCCCAGGCGAAGGCCAGCGUAAUCGAGGCCCUGCCGGAGGAGGCGCGACCCGGGCCGACCGUUCACCUGCGCGCAGCGCUCGACGUCCUCGAGCAGUGCUACGCCAAGUACAAAGCUAACGAAGUAUUUCUAAGCUUUAAUGGAGGCAAGGACUGCACUGUCGUACUUCAUUUGGUUAUUACGUUUGCCCGGCUACGAGGAUACGAUCCUCCUCUAUGUUUAUACGUAACUGGCGAUGCAUUCCCCGAGGUGGACGAAUUCGUGAGAAACACGGCCAACAAUUACAGGCUGAAGAUGGUACGUAAGAGCGGAUCUAUAAAGCAGGCUCUAGCGGCAUUACUCGAGGAGUAUCCUAAGCUGGCGGCUUGCUUGCUGGGUACGAGGAAGGCCGACCCUGGGGCUCAGUGCCUGGAGUCGUUCGCCCCGACUGAUCCAGGCUGGCCUGAGAUCAUGCGAGUCAGUCCCAUCAUCGAUUGGAAUUAUAAACAGGUCUGGGACUACCUUCUGCGAAACAAUGUCUCUUACUGUUCGCUGUAUGACGAGGGCUACACGAGCCUCGGGGUCAGGGAGACGACGACCCGGAACCCUCUGCUGAAGCACCCGAGCGAGCCCAAUAAAUAUUUGCCGGCUCACACUCUCGUCGACGACUCGACGGAACGCCAGGGUAGAGAGUAGCUCCAUGGAACUCUUAACAGCAUCUUCCCAAAUUGGAUUAUUUGCUUGGAUAGAACAAGCGCAAUGGAGAUAACGAUAGUGUGAAUGUUCAAAGUCUUGUAUUUGAAAUAUGAAAUAUGGGAGUAGUGUCGGGAUGGUAGCGUUUAUUAACAAUUUAAUUCGAUAGAUUAACGGCUCUGCGAAUGAAAAGCUUACGAGCAUUAAUCGGUUACCUUCUUCCUUGUCGCAUUUUAUUGUUUUCAGGAUGUCGUUACUUUUAAUUUGGUAGACAAGAUUGCUAAUAUCGUACGGAAUUGUAAUGUCAUUGCAAUCUCUACCCUUCUAAAUUAAUUAAUUUCUCCUCGAUUAAACUAUCAUUUGAAAAUAUAUUUUAUAUUUAUAUGGCCUAAAAGUAUC